AUGUCUGAUCCCGCAGCAUCAAAGCGUGCCCGCGAAGAAGGCAAUACGUUCUUCCGGCGCGGACGAUGGGCCGACGCCGCAGCUGCGUAUGGCCGCGCCAUCGCCGCUGACGAUAGCGACGCGCUGCCGCGCGCGAAUCGCGCUAUGGCGUGGUUGAAGCUUGAGAAAUACGCCGACGCUGCAGCUGACGCGACCGCCGCCCUCGCCCUGGACCCUACGCACAUCAAGGCGCGAUAUCGGCGGGCCCUGGCGCGCCGCGGCCUGGGAGACCUGGACGGCGCCGCAGCCGACCUGAGCACGGUCAUUGCGCGUGACGACAGCCCUGCCGCAAGGGAGGAGCUGGCGGAGGUGUAUGCCGAGAUUGUCAAGGGGACCAAGGCGGCCAAGGCUGAGAGGGCUGCUGGGAGGGUCAAGGAGGCAGAGGAGAAGGAAGACGCGGGCAACAAGGCAAAGGAGGCAGAGAUCGCCGAGGAUAACGCCAAGGCUGCCAAGGAAGAAGAACAAGCACAAGCACAUGCGCAGGCACAACCUGCCACAAGCUUCGCCGCACUGCGCGGAAAACGCGACGCCCGACCGGCUCUCGACAAAGUCGACUUUAGCUCGUACUUUGAUUGA